AUGGCGUCCAAAUGCUUGGAUUGUGGUAAAGCCGUUACCGCAAGAUCGAAGGCUGUGCAAUGCUCUCUCUGUGAUGGGUGGCUACACAUUGCCUGCUGCGACAUCAGUCCAGAUCUUUAUGAUUACCUCCAGAGGACCACCUCCUCAGCUAUCAGUUUCCAUUGUGACUCUUGUCGAACUGUAUUGAGCGAUAGACGGGUGCUGAACUUAGUCCACGCACUUAGCCCACGAUCCAUUCCUACUCAAACUGAGAACUGCACCUCUGCUAAACCGCCGGUAUCUUCAUCGCCUCGUUCGGCCUCUGACUCAGCCAGUUCCACUGGUAAACGAACUCGCGUCCCCUCGUCUUCGCUAUCGGAGCCUCUGACACUUAGUGAUGGCAGCCAUGAGUCCAGGAGAAAGACAUAUGCGGCAGUAGUGAGUGAGAAUGUAGAACAAGCAUCGGCUAGUACAUGCGCAACUCUGCGAGCGAAGAAAACCAAGAGUGAUUCUACGACUAAACCCAAGAAAUCUUCUGAACUAAAGUUGGUCCUCGAUAGAGUAAGCCAGUUGGAAAACGUUCUCAAGAACAGCAUGCCUCCCAUGUCCCAACCCACUGAAUACAAUAAACCGCAUUCUCGUGACCGUUGUUUGAUUAUCAUGAAUGCUCCUGAAUCCAACAAGGGUUCCCCUGCUGAAAGGAUCCUGGACGACCAAGAGUUUCUGCGGCGAAUGGUCUCCCUCCUUUUUGAUGAAGGUGAACAAGGGAUCAAUAUUGUCUCUGCUUUUCGUCUCGGAAGAAAGCAAGACGAUUCUUCUAAAGUUCGUCCCCUCAAGAUUGUCUGUCAGAGUGAGGAUGAGUGUCGCCGCAUUCUCAGACGGACCCCACGUCUUAGGGGAGAAACCUUUUAUGUUUUGCGGGACCUCUGUCCGGAGGAUCGGAUCCGAAUGAAGAAAGCUGUCGAAGAACUACGAGCACGCCGGGAAAAUGGUGAGAUGAACCUCCACAUUGUGGAUUUUCGUGUAGUUCAAAAAGCUCCGAGAAUUCGCUGGAGGCCAAUCUUUGUCGCUCCCGGGCGCCUACGAAACAAACUUGAUGAAAUUCAGAACUUUGCCUAUGAAAAUCACCCAGAUCUUAUGGCUUUCACAGAGACUUGGUUGUUUUCGGACAUCCUCGACUCAGAGGUGCAUAUUCCAGGGUAUAAUCUAGCUCGAGCGGAUCGCUCUCGAAAUAGGUCCGGAGGUGGUGUGAUUCUUUACUGGAAAGAAGACCUCAGGGGUCAUCUGGUUGAGGCCAUACGCGACAAUGAAGAUGGGUGUGAACUUCUUUGGUGUCGGAUACAUGAUGGAUGCAAGUCUCUUAUGGUUGGAGUCGUUUACAGAGCCCCCUUGGCUUCCGGAGCUAGCUUGCUGGACUCUAUUAGUAUGCACGGUAGAGGCAAGGAUUGUCUGAUAUUGGGAGACUUUAAUACUGCUAGUAUUGACUGGGAUUUGCUCCAUUGCAAUCUUCCCCCGAACUCCUUUGAUGCUGUCUUCCUCGAAACCGUGCUUGCAUGCCAUCUGUUUCAACAUGUUACAAUGCCCACCAGAAUGUGUCCGGGUCAAUCGCCACACAUCCUCGACCUCGUGCUCACACCGACGCAGUCGGAUGUUUCCGACUUGACUAUCCUCCAACCAUUUGGGAGAAGUGACCACUGCGUAGUUUCCCUUUGUUGGAUGCGGCGUCUUACCAUUCACGAUCAGGGAGUAUGCCGUCGGAACUUCUGGCGUGCUGAUCCACUCCGUUUGAAAACUGCUGCCGGCGCUAUGGACUGGAGUAUCCCUCAGCACUUAGAUGUUGAUGACGCUUGGACCCUCUUGUACUCCAAGUUCACGUCCCUCAUAACUCAGGUCGUUCCACUCUGCAAAGGGAAACGUUUUUCCAAUGGCCCUCCCUGGAUUGAUCGAGAGUUAAAAUCCCUUAUGCGCCGUCGACGCAAAUUGUGGGAUAAGUUCAAGACUACGCAAUCGCCUCUGGACUACCUUGAUUACAAAGCGGUCAGGAAUAUCUGCACAUUCAAAAAGCGAGAGAAGCGACAACAGUACGAGCGCCGCUUGGCUGAGGAAUCUUCCACCGCUCCCAAAUUACUGUUCUCCUAUUUGCGGAGACGUACGAAAGCUGGUAAUGGAAUACCUGCGUUGUAUUCCAAAGAAAAUGAUACUACUCUUCAUGAUGAUGAUGCAAAAGCCGGACUCUUGGCCCUGCAGUAUUCCUCAGUCUUUUCGACUGAGCCACCGUUUACCUAUGAUUUAGCGUCUACGCCUUCAUGUACUUUAGAACGCUUAGAAAUCAGCCCCGAAUUGGUUGCCAAGCUUCUUUUCGAGCUAAAUCCGAACUCAUCACCAGGUCCUGAUGGGCUACACCCUUUGUUUCUCAGAACCCUAGCUGAGUACAUUGCUGUACCUGUUUGCCAAAUUUUUCAGCGGUCUCUUGACGCGGGGCGUCUCCCGCUUGCUUGGAAAAUAGGCACCGUCAAGCCCAUAUAUAAAGGUGGAAAUCGUCAGGACCCCGGAAACUAUCGACCAAUUUGCUUAACAUCUAUAGUUUGUAAAGUCAUGGAACGAAUUCUCAAACGAGCCCUUCAGAGUCACCUUGACGGCUUGAAUGUCACUUCCUCUGCGCAGCGUGGCUUCAGGCGAGCUCGCUCAUGUGUUUCCAACCUGCUCGUUGCCAGAGAGAGGUGGGCCAGGUCAUUAGAUGCCGUAAAUCGCUUAGACGUUGUCUUCGUCGACUUCAAGAAGGCAUUUGAUACAGUACCGCACGAACGGUUUCGUUUUAAACUUCGUAGUAUUGGUGUUUCUGGAGAGAUUCUCUCAUGGAUCACUGAUUUUCUGGAUGGCCGUAGCAUGCGAGUGAAGGUGAAUGAGGUCUACUCCGCUUCCGUUCCCAUGACCAGUGGGGUUCCACAAGGCUCUGUCUUCGGCCCUGAGCUGUUUAAAGUCUACAUUAAUGACCUUCCAUCUGUACGCCAGACCGAUUGUCUGCUUUAUGCCGAUGACCUGAAGAUAUGGAUUGAGGUACCAACACCUGAAGCUGCCGGCCGACUGCAAGAGAAGCUAGACCCGCUUCAUAUCUGGUCUUCGGAAUGGCGUUUACCCAUCAAUCAUGAGAAGUGCUCUGUCCUGCCGAUCGGCUCUUCUGACCCAUUUGGCGCCUAUCACAUUGGUGGUUUCUUGAUCAGGAAUGCUGCCUUGGAGAAUGACCUUGGUAUACUCGGAUCUCCCGAUCUGCGUACCACCGAGGACACCCUGAGGAAGAUAGCGGCUGCGCCUGUCAGGAAAUAA